AAGAGCGUAUUCAUUUGUUCUUAUUUAUUAUUUCGUGGAAACUUUUUUGAGGAAUUAUUUAUUUUGUGUGCCAGGAUUUGUCAGGAAAGAAGCUAAGGAAAGAGGGGUGGUUGAGGAGAACAUAAUAAAAAAUAAAUGAUCAUGACGAUAUGAUUGAGGAAUUUGUUGGUUGUUAAGUCUUCUUCUGCCUUGGCCAUGGUCCCAUUCUUCUCGAGCACACAGCUCUCGUACUGACACCACUGCAGGAUGAUAAGUGAGACACGCUCCUCGUCCACACCACCACAAACCCGAAGAAACUCCUCGCCCUAGUAGACAAGCCAAGACAGAUACUUACUACUUUUUCUGUAGCCAAGGCACACGACACACGAAAUAUGCAUGUUGAUAACGUCACUAUUAUCAUAGGAUAAGGUGGGGACGAUAAGCCAGUCCCACCACCAAAGAGGCGAGAGGUUGACGAAAUAUAGUCAAGUUCUAAUUUAAGAUUUACAUACUUACAUACUUACGCCAAAUCUCUCUUUCUUUCAUUGCAUCAGUCAGUUCUUUCUUUGUUUUGUGAGGCACGGAUUCGCAAUUCGCAAACUUUUUGGCAAAAAUAGUGUAGGAUAAUUUUGUGAAAAGAUACGUAUUUUAUCUCUUCAAGAAAUCAGAAUGAGUGAGGAGGACGAGUUUUAAUUUUGCGAGGGGGGAGGAGUCUUAUUUUUUGGUGGUGGAGCUUACAAAAUUGGCGAAUAUUAUUUGGCGAAUUAUUCCGUUAUAAAGUGUGCAAAUUUGGAAAAAUUGGAAUGAAUAAAAAUUUCGAAACAAGGGAAAAAUCUUCAUACAAAUUGAAACCGUUUGUGGAGGGGGCAAAAUUGCGACAUAAUAAUAGUUGCAGGUUAAAAAUAUAUGCAAAUUUUAGACCAGAUUCGACCCAAAUAUUACGAUUAAAAGGGUAAUUAAUUAUUCAGAAGAAAUUGAUAAAUUAAAUUCCAGACGUAUUCUAAUCGAAAGAAAAUUAAAAUUACGAGAAAAUUAAAUAUCUAAAUUUUAACGGAAGGAUAUCUCCCCAGGAAAAAAAAUUGUAAGCUUUCAUGCAAAUAAAGUACCUGCUUGUUAAACGAUAUCAGAAGUUGGGAAGACUUAAUCAAAUUUAAAAACUUAUAAUUUUAAUUUACAAAAUUAAAGUGAAAUAAUUCCGAAUAUUCAAAAAAAAUUAAACAGUGAUAAAACUAAAUAUAUUUAUAAUCAAACUAAAAAUUGCAAUAACAACGAAGUUGCUCCUACGAACGAGGCUGGAUAAUUUUGUGACAAGGACAAUUUGUAAAUAGAUAAUGCUGGCGACGAGGCCAACUUUCGUCGAGAGAUCAUCUUUAAAAAAUACAUUUGGCUUGAAGAAGAAUUGCGCAUAAUGGAAGAAAGUUUUACAGAGCUGAGCAGCAAUCCACGACAUCAAAUUAUGAACCACCACUCCCACCAUCCACCGACUUCCAACCCAAAUUCGAUCAAGAGGUUGCGCCACACGUCGGACAACAUUGACGAGAGCUCGUCCGAUGUGUCGUCCACGUUAGAGAGGGAAGCGCCCGAUGGUGGAUAUGGUUGGGUGGUUGUUGCUGUAGCCUUUUUCAUAAAUCUGAUCGCUGACGGGGUCACGUUUUCCUACGGCGUGUUCCUCCCCAUAAUCCAGAAGGAGUUUGGGACGUCGAAAAGCACGACGACCUGGGCUGGCAGUCUUUUGGCGUCGAUGCCCUUGCUGUCAGGCCCCGUCGCGUCCACCCUCACGGAUCGAUAUGGUUGUAGGAAUUGCACCAUUGUGGGUGGAAUUCUGGCUACGCUUGGAUUUAUCUUGUCGUAUUAUGCGACUUCAAUUCACAUGCUCAUGUUGACGUUCGGAGUGAUCACUGGAUUUGGGUUGUCGCUGUGCUACGUGGCGGCGGUUGUGAUAGUGGCCUAUUAUUUUGAUAAGAGACGCUCACUCGCGACGGGCCUGUCCGUGUGUGGCGGUGGGAUUGGAACCUUUAUCUUUGGCCCCUUGAAUUCCUAUCUCAUCGAAGCGACCAGCUGGAGGGUGACCUUGUUAUUGGACGCCGGAUGUUUUUUCAGCCUUUGCUUCUGUGCUAUCCUCAUGAAAGACUUAGAAUGGACCAAGAAGAGUAGUCGAAAAAGGGAAAAGGUUCUCCAGAAUGAGCACGACUUUAAUACUCAGGCUCAACUGAACCUGAACGGAGCAGGGGGUGGAAUGUACUCCAUCCCUGAAGGAGGAGGAGGAGGAACUGCCUUGAUUGGACUCCAGAAAUCUGAAAGACUUUGCAAUUCUGCCGUUUGUAUCCCCACAUUUGUCCGUGAAGCGGAACAGCUUUGUCUCAAGAACAACAACAGCACGCCCCACUACGUCAAAAAUGGAGGAGGAGGAGGAAAAAGGAUUCGCUACUAUUCGAAUAAUUAUGCCGGAGGUUUCACCUCUGGAGGUGGUCCUCUCCUCGUCCCGGCCCCUGUCCCACCUCGUGCAGAGAACAAUGAUCUCAAUAAUGAAGACAAAAGUGAGAGUGGUGGGCAAGACAGCGUCGCGGAAGGAGACGACGAAGGGGGCCAAGCUAUCAUAAAAGACGACAAGAUGAUGAUGAUGAUGGAGGAAAAUGAAAGCGACUCGCCCCUCCUCGUCGCCGCGAACAAUAACAAUAAUUCCAAUAACAACGGGGAGGUCAAGAAGUCAGUCAAUAACUUGUGUGACCUUCACCACCACAACAAUCUCAAUUCUCAUCUCCAACAAAUGAAUACAAAACCAUUCAGCAAUAAUCAGAGUAGUAAUAAGACUAAUGGAAAAGGAGAAGUGACGUCGUCGCCGUCGCCAUCACCAAACAAUGAGAAGAAUGGCGUAAACAGUAGUUGUAACGGAGGAGCAGGAAACAUGAGCACAUUGGAGAAGCAGGCGAUGAGAAAUUAUCUUGUGCAGCAUACGAGGAAUUGGGGGAAUCAUCGCAAUUCUUUAACGUAUCGUGGCGCAGUGCUGAAUUUGAAGAGAAGCCGAAUGCGCCCCCUCCGACCUGCGACGUCAUGUCCGGAUAUCAUUUCGGUAGCCACGGCGGAUGAUAAUACGCCGGAGUGGAAAGCCGCCCUGCAGGAUAUUUACGUCUGGAUGCAAGAAAUCUUUGCCCUGGAUCACUUGAAAAAUACCAGAUUCGUUUUGUUCAUCAUGUCCAAUUUUCUCUUGUACAUGUGGUAUGACAUCCCAUUGACCUUUCUUGCCGACACUGCCACCGGCUUGGGCUACUCGGAAGGAGAAGGAGCCAUGUUGGGAAGUGCGAUCGGACUUUUAACCGUUUUCGGAAAUAUAAUUUUGGGGUAUUUGGGGGACAAGAAGUGGGCAAAUUCCGUGACGAUUUAUGGCCUGUGUAUUUCCAUUUGCGGCAUCGUGACAGGCCUGAUGCCCUGCCUCUUUGGGAAGUUGUUCAGCAUGGGGCUCACCUACUACUUCCUCGUCUUGCUCUGCGGCGUGUUUGGCUUGAUGAUUGCGGCAAAUUACUCACUCACACCCGUCAUCCUACUUCAAGUCGUCAGUUUGGAAAAGUUUACCCCCGCGUACGGUCUUCUCCUACUUGUGCAAGGGAUCGGAAACCUGAUCGGACCACCCAUUGCUGGCCUCCUCUACGACUACACGGGAAAGUACGCCUGGUCAUUUUGGAUCGCUGGGGGUGGGAUCUUCAUCUCCAACUUUUUCAUCCUCGCCCCAAUCUAUCAACGCCAUCAAGCCCGGUACGAAGAGUCGACUCGGGACAUUUCCGCCAGUCGCAGCAGUGGACGCAGCAACAGCAGUUGUGAAGAAGGACACAGAGGAAACAGCGCCAGUCCGACGCCAAGCAUCCUCAAAGAUCUCGACAGGAAAAUGGGGGCAGGGGAAAACAAUGCGUGAAAAAAAGUUCACUAAUUGAACGCAAUACUUAGUACUUACUAACGAAGAAUGACACAUGCAGAACAGAAGAUUUUUACUAACUCACACGCAGCAAGUAAAUUAGUGGCUUAAUAAUCGCAAUUAAAAUUAAUUAAUACCGAAGAAGAAGCGAAAAUAUUCAUUGUUUAGUUCCAUUUUAGCUCAAAUAAUCCUAAUUAAACGUUUACAUCCAAUUAAUUCCAAAAUUAGUGGAUUAGUAUUUAGUUUUUUGUAUUUAUGAAUUAGCAAUUUCUUUUUUUUUGUUAUUCAUUAUUGACUCGAUAUUUUUUUAAGACUUAAUUUUUUGACAUAUUUCUGUGACCUUUGAAGAUGAAACUAGUUUUGUAUCAUUAUUUAUUUAUUUACUAGAAAUGGAUUAAGUUUAAAACUGAAUUGAAUACUUGAGAAAAAAAGACAGGAAAAUUUCAUUACUUGACUAAUUAAGUGAUUAUGUAUGUAACUUAAUUAUUCAUCCCAGUAAUAAUUAUAAUAAUUAAUUACCCUGUGAAAAUAAGGUGUUCUAUAUUCUUGUCUUUAAUGCAAUGACACUUUAUUUAUUGUUAAAUUGUUGUCGUUGCUAAUUAUUAAUUUUUGGACUGAUUUUUUGCCAGGAUAAAAAUUUAAAUGUGGUUCAUAAUAAGCAAUUCAUUAUUUAUUUCUCUAGAAUUAAUUAUUCAAACGUUUAAGGAAGUAUCCACUACAGGAGAAAGAUAAUACUGAUUACGGUUAAAAAUUAAUUAGUCAAUUGUUGUUGUCGUUGUUCCAAAAAUAUGUAACCUAAAAAAAAGUCACAUAAAUACUAUUGCUCACUUAAAUAUUUAAGAGUAAACGAAGUAAGUACGGUUGGUUUCUGAAA